AUGUUUUACAGUCAUGAGAUUCUGAACAACACCCAGUAUGGCGUUGCUACUAUCUGGCUGGUGGCCACUGUGGGCAAAGGAAACCAAAAGAGACUGACAAAGAAAGCCAUCCAAGAGGUCAACGUCCCCAAGGCAUGUGAAAAGAUAUUGGAUCCAGGAGCUCCCCUGGCCCUCCGCCUUCAGGGAAACUUACUCUACGGAGUAUCGCGUGUUUUCGCUCAUCAGUGCGCGUACGUUCUCACGGAUGCUGAAAGGACACAGUCUGAUAUGGUGACAUUCUUUCGCAUCAUCCAAACAAGCGAGACUGAUCCACGGGCUGGAAAGACAAAGCGCCAGAAUAUCAUAUUGGAGGAUGAUCCCAGUUUCGACCCAUUGGCUGCACUUCCCAAUUUUGACCUUCUUCAAUGGGAUAGAGAUCUAGUCUUGCUUCCAAGCCAGGGUUCGGCGAGCAAGUUCUCCCAGAUGACACCGCUCGGCACUGCUAGCCAAGGCAGUUCUUCGCCGCCACGCCACCACUCUGCACUGAUCAACCUACAGCUACCGCCUUCUUCUCAAUCAGCUGCAAGUUGCCGCCUUCCCUCAGAUUUCGGCAAUCUCAGCCCUUUGUUUGGCAGAUCAAUUCACCACACUGACAGCAUGGGCGAAUUUCAGCCAUUUGGUGAUGAUGAAUUUCCGUCCAUGGCGGGAAUCGGCUUCGGUUUUGACGCAGAGGGAAACCUCAUCAGCAUUCUUGACCAGGAGCCAGAGCUACCUCCUCUUCCUGUUCAAGCAACUCCCCCAGUGGUUAAUAUUGGAUUACAACGCAUAACGAAAACAUUGCAACAAGUAGCUGAAUCAGCAGAAGCAAAAACUGGCCGGACAUCUUCCAGGGUGGUCAGAUCCCGUCGAGUGAAUCCGCAUACUGUGGUGGACACAAGAAUCUCACUUCACAGACAAGAAAUUAAAGAUUGGGAUCUAAACUAUGCUACGAACAUGGCAUCUGUUGGCAGACAGCAGCAGAGAACGGCUACUACUCAAGGCCAGGCGAAAAAGAAUGCCAUAGCGCUUCUCUAUGACUAUGGCAUCGCUCAAGUUGGAGCAUACCAGAAUGCAGCUGGCUUGGUCCACCCUUUGGCGGCUGAUUUUGUUGGUAUCUCGCUGAAGGCUCGCCUUCAGGGCCAGGAACCAGAUGAAAUCGAGCAAGCUGAGCCCAAAAAACGAGGUCGACGCCGAAAGUCGGAAGAAGCAUUUGAAGACGAGCAAAACUCUGAAGAGCGAAACACAAGGCAGCGAAUGAUGGAGGAAUUUGAGCUUGGGCGAGGCGAUAACCGCGACAUCCACGACGACGCACACAUCAUAUUUAAUGAUAAUUCGAUCCCCGAGAUUGGAAUGGUUGCAGCACCGCCAAUGGAAGAUCGUCACUCUUCAUCACUGAUGCCAUGGAGCAGACCUGGCUCUGCCGUCCCAGGCUCAUCUGUUCGAGGAAGUGCACAGAAAUCAAAAGUUACCCCAAGCCCACUGUUUAAUCGUGGAAGCGCCCUGGGCGCCAUUGACCGCCAUAGUGAUCCUGCUGAGCCCUUUUUCGGAAUGGACGACUUUGGUUCUCAAGACUCGUCUUUCCAGCUGGGCGGCCCAGUUGGUCCCCUUGAUUUUAAUCAGGACAACACUCAGGUUUCAACUCAAGGUCUUGAUUUGACCAGUCAGAAUUUCUUGGGAUAUGUCACGGAGCAAGCUUCAAAGACGGGUGUCACCCAUAGUCGAGAUCCGAAAAAUCGUCGGUGGAUUGAGUUUGAGGAGCUGGCUGAUCCCAGCACCCAUUCUAAAGCCAUUGCCGCUCAGGCAUUCCUACACGUGCUGUCUCUGGCGACAAAGAAUGUCGUUUCAGUUCACCAACAGGGCGCGGCAGCCAUGGAACCAUUUGGAGCCAUUCGAAUUGGAAUCAGUACCGCCGUCAGUGGUGAAAUGUACGAGACACAAACGGAGUCUGAAGAUGAGCUUGCUUGA